UCCGUAUUUACGUUUCAGCUGUUCUACAUUUUUUUAUUUUUACACAAAAAUGGUUAAAAACAACGCGCACGAUGAGUGACAUAGAUGAUGUGUUCGCCUUACUGGGAUUCGGCAAGAUGCAGUACAUCGUUCUCUUCGCCUGCCUUGUCAUGCAAAUGUGGAUCACCAACGAGCAAAUGGGCAUUGCGGUGGUGAUUGCCGGGGCCAGUUGUGAGCUGGAGAUCGUAGAUUAUCGGGUGGCCUGGCUAAUGGCCUGCAACUUUGGCUCCCAGAUGCUAUCCUGCUAUAUGUGGGGCGAACUAUCGGAUGGGUUUGGAAGACGCAGGGUGAUCCUGAUCGCGGGCCUGACCGCAAUCUUAUUGUCCUUGCUGUCGGCUUGCAUGCCGGAGUUCUGGUCCUUUUUGGUCCUGCGCACAUUGCAAGGUUUCUUUAUCUCGGGAUCGUUGGUUUGUACCAUGACCUACUUGAGUGAGUUCACAAAGGUUUCCCUGCGCCCCAGAGUGCAGAACAUUAUGAGCUACGCCAUCGGCCUGAGCCUGAUUUAUGUGCCGUCGCUGGCCGGUGUCCUGCUUCCGUUGGAAAUGGAACCCAUUGGCGGUUGGCGCAUCCUGCUUAUUUGCAAUCAGAUCCCCGGAAUCCUCGGACUGAUCUCGCUGAUUUUUCUGCCCGAGAGCCCCAAGUACUGCCUCUCAACUGGCAAUCCGGAGAAGGCCAUGAACAUCAUGGAGAAGGUCUGCCGGCUGAACAAGGGCAAGGACGUUACCCUGGCCAGUUUGGGAGUGGACUCGCUCACACAACCUCGCCUGCGUCCUUCGCAAAUGGUUAAGGAUCGGUGUCACGAUACCAAGAAUCUUAUGACAACACAUGCCAGGUUCAUGUGUAUUUUCUUCUUUAUCUUUUUUAGCCUGAGUGGAAUAGCCUUCGCUUUGCCCAUUUGGAUGUUGCGAAUCAGAGUUCUUGUUUCUCACUUUGAAGAGCCGCAGACGAUAUGUGAUCACUUGAAAGGCGUUCGUCCAGAAAGGAGUCAAGAGUGUGAACUAGGUUUUAAGGAAAUGAUGGAUCCCAUUAUCCACGGGUUCGUCGUCCUCGGGCUCUUCGUGCUGACCAGCGUUCUCUUGAUUUGUCUUAAGCGUCGGAUAGUUAUAGUUACGUAUACCGUUGUGGCAAUUGCUGGAUGCGUGGCCUUAAAUUUUAUGAAGCAUCCCGACCUGAUACUGGCUUCCUUCUUCGCCAUAAUCGAUCCGCCCCUGUGCAGCAUCAGGUUGGCAGGUUCCCUGCUCAUAGACCUCGUGCCUACUCAUCUGAGGGGUAAAGCCUUUGCUCUUAUCAGCAUGUUAGGUCGCUGUGGCGUUUUGAUAACCAGUUUGUAUGUGGGUUACACCCUGACCCACAGCUGUUUGGUCACCUUCAAUCUCUUAAUUUUGAUACUAUUGGGUAAGCAACUCCUCUCACUUAAAAUGUAUAUUCUACCAAAAGAAAAUCCCCAGUUUGCGGCAUACUGGUGCUGUUGUUACCAACGGAUGUUAAAAUUAGAAGUAUAACACAGUGAGGUCUCAUAUAAUUUUGCAUAUG